AUGAGACGAGCUGCUCAGGUCUACAUCGUCGAGAAUGACACCUACCUGGCACAUCAUGCUGCUCAUCGCCCACCUCCAUGUGUUGAUCUAUGGGAACUUUUUGCUGGCCAGGCGAGAAUGACGGAACUAGCCCAGGAGUACGAGCUGAAUGCCCUUCAGCCUAUGGACCUUCGUUUUGGGCAGGAUUUCAAGGAUGCCUCAACGAGGGACUACAUCAUGCACAAGAUCAAGAAGUUCAAGCCAUGGUUGAUCCCUAUGGGAGUGGACUGCCGCCUAUGGAACCAGUUCUCCAUCAACUUGAAUUGGUCCUCUCCAGAACGGCAGGAGCAACUUCAAGUUCUUCAGCAGCAAGAACGACUCCUCGUCCAUUUCGCAACGGACGUCGCCAAAGAGCAAUACAUGAAUGGGCGCUUCUUUCUCAUUGAGAACCCCCUCAGAUCUCGCCUAUGGCAAGAACCAGCACUUCAAGAACUUCUUGCCCUACCAGGUGUCUGGUCGACGACCCUGGAUGCUGGCGCCUACGGUGCCGAAGUUGACGGACAACCCAUAUGCAAGCCUAUGCGAUGGGUUGGCAACGCACCUGGCAUGGACCUCGCCCUACAUCGACGUCUAGAUCACCUUGAGAAGCAGUACUGCACUCCAGUUCAAGGAACAUUGACAAGAAGGAGUCAGGAGUACCCUGACAACCUAUGCCGGCAGAUCUUGCAAGAGCUACGAGCAAUUGCUUUCCAAAAGGAGCCCACUCGUUUCGGCCGACCUCUACACCACGUCCUCGCAGUCUCCUACCCGACUACGGACCUGGACGCUUGGAACGACGUUGCCAACUACAUCUCCGGAGCUUAUGAGCGUUCCAACAAGAGGCCAUUUGAAAUCCCGCUGGACACCGAGAUGGGCAGGAACAUCCAACAGCUCUUUCGGGUCAAAGCCAUUAAGAUCCAAGCAUGCUUUGCCCCUACUUGUCGAAGGAUUCCUUCAAAUGUUGACGAGUACUUCACUCGUGCUGCCUUUCUCCAGUACAUGGACAAAACACGGGCAGUCGAGGUAGAGGACCUCGACGAGAUCCAAUUCCCAAGACAGCGGUUUGACAAGCCCGUGGAGAUAGCUGUUUUCGCAUAUGGUUUCAGGAUGAUGGCACCCGAACAUCGAGAACAAGCCCCAGCCUCAAGUGACAAACCUGCUAUCGUCCCUGGACUCAUGACCGACGUCUCCUUCGAUACCAAGGAAGCUCUGGACUCCACGAUCAAGAGAUCAGCCUUCGACGAGAACUAUAACCCCAAGCUUCGAGCAGAACUGGUCAGAUGCGAGGCACAAAAAUGUUUGUUGGACCUCAACGCAAGUCAACAGCUGAGGAGGGCAUUGUUGAGGAAAACUCGCAAUACUGCGAUUCCUGAUCUCCAACCUGGUCAACGUUGCGCUGUCUGGCGUUGGUCGAAGAGAGGAGUCAGGAAAAGAGGAGCUUGGCUGACUGCAAGAUUCCUGUCUUGGGAUCCUGGCCACGUCGGCAAACAGGCGUGGGUGAGACUGGGAGCCUCGACCACUUUGGUGACGGCAGAGCAGCUCCGUACAGCCCACGGCUUCGAAGACUGGACUCCCGACCAGGAAGACAUCAAGGCUCUGAAGAAUGCUGCUGACUCAUUCACCCAGCACAUGCUCGAGGACGAACGAGGCGAACCACCGCCAGAACAACCCCCAGAAGAGCUGGCAGACAUGCCAGUGGAGUAUGAUGGCACUCCACCGCCUCCAACACCAUCAAUGAUGGUACCAGCUACACCAGCAACGGCAGCGCCAGCAACGCCACCACCACCAGUGGCUCACCAACAGGCAACGGCUAUUCAAGUACACAUCGAUAGCCCUACUAACAUUCAUCACCAGCACACCACGGUGCACCAGAGAUUUGGGGAUCUUCCCAAGUCACUCUCACGAUCCCGACGACAACACGGACCGUACACAAAAGGUCCAACAUCAUCGCAGGCCGCUUCACCCCCUAAGGAGGUUAGAACGCAGCCGGAUGACUUUGCACUGGCUGAUACAUCAGCACUUGCCUCGGCAGCCACACUCUUGGCACCACAACAUUUGGCAGACAAUGCCAUGGCCGUACUGGGCCAUACCACACCGCAGAGCGAACCGUUUCACCAACCAACAUCGGCAGAACACCUGCCUGCUGUUUCUACUGCAUCCCCCUCAUCGAGAGAUGUCAGACCUCAUGCACUACAUCAACAACAGCAUGACAACAGAGACACAGAGACAAUGACAGCAACAGCGGCAGCGGCCGAAGCACAUGGCGGAAACCUUCAAGUUCCACCACAAUCGGCAGAAUUACAUGGCACACCUGUUGAACUACCGCCAGAGACACAACAAGAAGCAAUGGAGCAGGAGGCCCUGCCAACGCUUCCUCAGAAGCGACCAUUCGACAGCAUGCACACACUGGCAUUCGAAGCAGAUGGCACAAUCACAACAAUGAACCCGACAUGGGGAGGCACACCACCACAAGGGUUCGGCAAAGCAAGCUGCAGAUUCCACAAGAUAUACUUAACCACACAGCAAAGACAGCAAGACGAGGCGCAGAAGGUGCUCCGAGACAAGAUCCUCUCCAAAAGGAUCCUGAGAUCCAGAGCCUGCUAUCGUGACAAAAAUGUCGGUCAAGGCGAGCUGAAGGCAAAAUGCCGUAUUGUAUGCCUGGGCCAUUUGGACCCAGACUUGGAGUUGCUGGACCGUUCGGCCCCCACUCCAGGCCGUACGACAGAGAUGCUCAUGUUGGCCAUGAUCACGGCCGGAGCCAAUGGCGAGCUGUUCGAGACCCAGCUCAAGUGGCACGCCUGGACUGCAGACGCAGCCACGGCCUUCUUACAGGGCCAACAGCCUUCUGAAAGACCCAUGGAGCUCUACAUGUACCCUCCAAAAGACGGACUCAUCGAGAUGACGCCAUGCUGGUCACACCCUUUGUACCAAGUGAUGGGCAACGUGUACGGGCUAGCAAAUGCACCAGCUCUAUGGUGCAGUGAAGUGGUGGCACGACUCAAGCAGCUCAACUAUACUCGCCACAGCUUUGACCCUAUGCUUUUCAUCAAGCGUGAAGGUCAACAGAUCGUCUCCAUGAUACUGGUGUACGUAGACGACUUCAUUGGAGUCUACAGGAGUGGUUACCCCAUCGAAGAGGUCAAGAACGCCUUUGCUUGGGGCUCCUUCCAUGACCUCUCCAAGCAGGUCGUGACCUUCAAGGGAAAAGAGCUGCACUUACACCAGCUUGCAAACAAGCGCUGGAAGCUCAAGAUCACUAUGUCCAAGUUCCUCAACGGACUGACACCAGCCAAGCUUCCAAAAGGAAGGACUUCAAGUCCUCCAGAGCUCACACCAACGGAACAACGUGAAUUCCGAUCGGUGUCAGGUUGCCUGCAAUGGGCAUCCACACAGUGCAGACCAGAGAUAGGAGCGGCGGUAAGCCUUUCAAACCAGGGCAACGAAACCACCUGCCAUAACCUCAAGGACCUCUACGAGGCAAUGAGCUUUUUGAAGAACACACCGCACGAAGGACUUCUCAUGCAAGACAUCCCCGUGAACACCAAGACGGUGAUCGCUUCUGCAGCCGACGAAGCAAGCGACCGAGCUGCAUACGUGAACAUGACCCUCAGUGAGAUCCUAUUCGAUGGCCCGGCUCACCGGUUGGGAUGCCGAGUAGACUACGUCCAGACCACGGACGCCAAAUCGCUGUAUGACGCCAUUUGCAGCGAGGCACCAAACCUCACGGACAAGCGCUCGCUUUGCAACGUGCGGGCGAUCCAGGAGACAGUGGACAAGUCGCGGAUGCACUGGCUCCCUUCGAACUGCCAGUUCGCUGAUGGGCUGACGAAAGUCAGCGAGCUGCUGCGGACCACCUUCAGAAAGUGGCUGAAUGCACCUUUCAGCAUUUUGCUGGACCAUCCGGCCAACGAAGGCCUCUUGAGCGGAAUUGCCAGUUGUACCAAAGAAAAAAAGACCAGUGAGAAUUUGAAGCCACCCGAUUGCCAUGUUGGUACAACCGACUCCUUUCAUGCUCAAUCCUAG